CUUCAUAAUUUCUGAUGAUAUCAAUUUUUAUAAUUCAAUUAAAAAAAAUUAUAAUGAAUUAGUUUGUUAACUAAUUGAAAAGUUAUAAAAGUUAACUGAAUUAUACACUGGUUAUUCGCUUACAUUAUAUAAAGAAGAAAUACUCAAACAUCGAACUCUAAAACAGAAAUUACCAACAACCAAGUUUUAUUAGAUAUGCACAAUCAAGAAACAUGGGCGUAUCAAUCAUGGGCGUAAAAAAUAUUGUACUAGAUUUAGCAAUUUCUUUUUUACUAUUCGGAGCGUGUUCCGCGCAAAUUUUCCAAUACUUUAUUGUCAAUAAUAAAGACCAGACAGCUAAAGUAAUUGAUACUGUGAAACUUCCAACGUGCACUCAUCUUGAUCAAAAAGAUAAUGUCACUUUACGCGGCGGAAUUAAAUCUGGAAAAUUCACAAAGCAUGGUGUUGUUAAAGAUAUGAACACUUGUAUUGACGCGUGCUGUCAGGAUGAACUGUGCAAUGUUGCAUUCAUGCCAGGAACCACUUGUUACACAGUAAACUGUUACUCAGAAACUCUGUGCGAUGCUGUUCCUGCGACUCCAUCUCAUUUAGCUCAAGGAAGUGUACAAAUUUCACACAUCAUUCGAGGAGGUGGAAAUGGAGAUGAUGUGGACGAAUUUAGAAAAACAAAUGGUGUGAACAGAAACUCACUUCCAAAUGGCGAUCAAUGCGUAUUUAGUAGAGUGGCUUAUAACCAAACAAUAUCUGGAGGUAAACAAGCUGGAGAAAUAAUAGAUCUUGGCAAGUUUGUGGAUAUUUAUGAUUGUGCCCAGAAGUGCUGUCAACAUGAGAACUGCGAAGUAGCGCAAGUAAGAGACCAUAAAUGCUUUGCAGUUGACUGUUUCACCAAGGAGCUUUGUGUAAGUGAACCAGUUAUUUAUGCAACAGAGCCAAGAGCUAUUGUAUAUAUGAAUAAGAGAAACCGCAAAAGACAAAUUAAUAAAGCACAUUGUGAACCUUCAUGUGUGAACGGUAUAUGUACAAAUAACAACACCUGUACAUGCGACGUUGGAUAUAAAGGACUUAGAUGUAAUGAGAUAGAAGUUAUUGGAAGUUGCGACCCUGAAUGUGGAAUUUAUGGAUCUUGCCUAUCAAAUGAUACUUGUUUAUGUGAAGAUGGUUGGGAGGGAUACAAAUGUGACAAAAAAUUGGUUUGUGCAAAAGAAUGCGUUCAUGGAACUUGUAUUAACAAACAGAAAAAUACUUGCAUUUGUGAAGUAGGGUGGUCAGGAUUUCUGUGCAAUGAAACUACUUCUGAUAAACUUGUUGUGGCAUCAUCAGGAGAAGAAGUACUUUUUACUGAUUCGGAUACGGAGCCGGAACUAGAUAUUAAAAUUCACGAAUCGCCGAGUGUACACGAAACCGAAUCUGUAUCUGCUUUAGCCGUUGCAAUAUGUUGUGGCAUUGCUGCAGCCGUCUUGGGCACAGCGUCGGUUGUAUUUAUUGCUCGACAAAUCUUGGGCCGAAGAUCAGCAGUAAAUUAUGAAUAUUUAAAUAAACCUCCUAAUGAAAACGUUUCUAAUAACUAUAAAAAAAAUGAACAGAAACAAAAAACACAUAGUAAAAGAUAUCCCUAGAUUUUUUUUGUACUUCGAGCAUUUUUUGUUCACGCUUUUUGUAAAUAACUUAUCUACAUAUUUUAAAUGAAUUUUAUUAUGCUUGUAAAUUUCUUUGUAAUUACAAUAUAAAUUCUCAACAAGAGAAAUC